AUGAUACAAAUAUUUGGAAAUGAAGACGAUGCAUAUUCAUUAAAUGAUAGUUUUGACGAAAAAGAAAGUAAUGUAGAAAAAUGGGAAUUUAUUGAUUCGUGGUUAAAAAGUCAUUUUAAAGAUAAGACUAUACCGCUUUUUGAGAGAAACCAUGAAGUUGCUUCGGCUUUAUAUGAACUGGCACUUUUUAACAAACAACAAGAUGCUAUGACCGAAAUUAUAAUUAACCGACAAAAAGCUCAAGCAGUGGAAUAUCGUGCCGAAGCUAAACGCAUAAAGGAAAUUUUGGAUACCGUGGGAAUAUCAAAAGUCGAUUUAUCCAAGAAUGGCGCGCAAGCAUUAAAAACGUUAUCUUCUUUAGCUACAAUUUUGGCAUUGGCGCAAUUGAAUCUGGAUACUUUACGCGUGGAGCGUAAAAAUAAUGUUAUUGUUCGUAGCACAGAUUCCAUGGAAACUCAAAUCCAAGCUGCUAAAUUAAGAAAUGAAAAAUUAAACACACUGUUAUCUAAUUUACGGUGUCGUUGGAAUUCGAAAGAACAACAGAAACUUCAAGAAUGGAAAAAGAAUACACAAUUGUUAUCGGAGAAAGGAAAAGAAUACCAAAACAGAUUGUCUAUAUUGGAGAGAAAAUAUAAUGAUAUGAACGUAAAAGAAGGUGGAUUACGAUUUAAAGAUUUGAAAGAAAAAGAGGAUAAUGUAAAUGCUUUGGAUCAUGAAAUUCGGUCGAAAACAUCAAAAUUAAAAACAUAUAAAAUUAUGCCCGCGAAUCUGACAUUAGCCAAAUUAAAAUUGGAAGAGGCUAAACAGGAACUA